AAUGCCUGCUGGGAAUGCAGGGCCAAACUACUAUACAAAACUUGGGCUUCGACGAUACGUUUUCAUCUACAGUACCAAUCCGAAUAGUGCAGCCGUUUGUUUUUUAAAUGCAUAUUGUAAACAGUAAUGAUUCUAUUCCACAGCUUUUUUUUCACCGUUUGAAAAUCUUUUUUGCAAAAGUACUGAGCGUUGAUUGAAAUUUGUACAGCAGCAUACACAAUUAUUAUGAUGCAUUUUAUAGCGUUUUGCUCAGUUUUUCUGUCGUUUGCCCUGAGUGCGUUUAGCAAUGCUGAUAACAUCAUCUUUUGGCCAAUGAUGCCAUCAAUACACAAGGCGAUCAGAGCUGCGAACACUUUCCGUGUAAAGCCCCUGAUACGCUCAGACUCAACUCCAGCGGAUCAUUAACACUAGCGCGGAACAUUGCCGCCCUGCGAUAUCAUGGUCGCGGAACCGUCGAAUUUAGCAUAGUGCCACCGAAACGCAACUUUCUCAUUCUGCUCAACGAGCACAAUUUGACGGUUUCCAGUACGCGAGUGACCUUUAGCCAUCCCAACUUCACGCUCAACAAUACCCACGUACCAAAGGUCAACCUCACACACAACCGCGAUCCAUGGAUUCGCAUCUGGGUGUCGGUGUCGGCCCGUGAACCGGCCUUCAUUAAAUUCGGAUACGGAUAUUUGAUGGAGACCAACACGCUUUUUACAUUCACCCCGGACCCAACGAAGGUCCCAAAGAACUAUUUAGUCGACGCGUUUCUCAACCGUCUCCAGUAUAUUCAGUUAGAGUACGGUGUGGAGCUGGUACAUUCACCCAUGGUCCGCCACGACCCUAUUUUAUUAGAUCCGUCACCUAAAUUGAUUUUACCGGAGCAGCGCAGACGCGAGCAUGAUAUGCUGACCAAUGGACAGUUUUAUCUACCGGCCGCCAAUCUCCCGUUUGCUGCGCGUGGAUUGCUGGAGCAGGUGAAGAAUUUUGAGCUGACGGAGGAAGAGAUUAUGGCCAUACAGUAUUCCGUGCAAACCGAGGGACGGUUCUUGUAUAAUAUCAUAAAAGGGAAGGGAAAGCCGGGUUUGACCGGGUACUUGCGAGCGGAUUUGCAGACUGCCCGACGGACGGCGCCCGGGCAGGAGAUGGUGCUGGAAAUAUGGCUGCCCAGUGGAGCCAGUUCCAUUCAUAAUCAUGGCGACAGUUCUGCCGUUAUUAAGGUUUUACACGGUAAAAUUACUUCGGAAUUUUACAAUCCUAUCAUGGAUCGAAUGCGAGAGCGUCCUUCGUAGUACACGCGGCCAACUUGACCAGUGGCGAGUACACGUGGAUGACCGACUCCAUUUACCAGACUCACCGGCUGAUCAACUACGAUCCGGUCAAUGUGGCCAUCACCAUCCAGUCGUACGGUUACGAAGACGACGCUCGUGAGCGCACCGACUACUUCUACUACCUAAACGAAGCUUGCAGCUUACAGGAUCCGGCGGCCUCUUGUCACACGGAUUUCUUCCCCAUUCCGGACUUUAAAUUUAGUGAUAUUAAGAAAAUUAUUCUGCCCGAGUAUCUAAUCGCGUUGGGGCAAAAGCAUUUUGAAGCAUGACCACGUGCACUUUAGUAAUAUUUUAUAUGGAAAUGGUUCCUGGAUGGCACAUCAGUUUUCCUGUGCACGGUAGAGGGCCAAACUUUACAGCAGCAGCCUGUCACAUCAAGUUAUUGCUGCUGUUAAAGACAGAAUAGUUGUUGCUUUCGAAAUAUUUGGCUGUUAUUUUCUGUUCGGCUUGAUUUUGAUGCAAAUACUGUUCGCAAAUGCCGAAAUGCGUACGUAGUACGUACGGAUGUGUGUAUUUGCUGCUCACGUAUGAUGUUGUGCAGUACAAUUAAAAAAAACAUUUGCUGCUUAAAUU